AUGGCAGGACUCCGCAUCCCUUGCGAGCGGAGAAACACUAAUUCCUGGGCCCCGCCCCAGAUGAACCAAAUCAGGAACCCGGGCUGGGGCCCAUGGAUCCGUGUUGUACCGGGCCCUGAAGUUAGCAGCAACCAUGUGAAAAGCCCAGGCUCUUGGACCUCAUGCCUGAUUUCUCCCCAGGUUGUUUUCCAGAACCUUGUCAUAUGUAUCAUCCCGUUCUACGCUGUAUACUACGUGACGCUGAGCACGGGAUGUGGGUUUUUUAAGGUAUAUGAGUUGGAUAUCCUGGCACCAUUUGAUUUCAAAACCAAUUAUAAAGUUCUGUUAAUUUCGACAGAGGUGAAGUAAAUGGUUUGUGCAUUGCUUUUUGUUCUGGUUGUGGAAGAAUGGGUUUGGGAUUAUGCUAUUUCAAUAACUGUUCUUCAUGUUGCCGUCACUUCAACUAUUAUGUCAGAAUUCCCCUUGACAUCACAUUGGUGGGCUGCUUUAGAUAUAUCGGAAUUGUUCCAAUUUAAAUUCUCUAACGGACAAAAAUAA